CUGGCGCCGGGCGUGGAGACGUGCGUCAACAUCAUCGCUACGACGAGAACUGAAACACUGAGCGCGCCAUGGGACCGCUUUGGCACCGAAACUAUAUACAAUGUACAGUGUGCACCGUCUGCUCGAGACAACGGCUCUGCCGAACCUCGCACUCGUCCUACAACGUGUAUCCUUACGUUAGACAGGGAAAGCAAAACCAAAAGCCGUUCAAACUACAAAGCUCCGACGAAUGAGGAAGCUCGCCGUUUGCUGUAUUCGUUUAAGGAAAAGUUAUAA